AUGCCGGCGAUAAGACCCAGACUUCAUCAUCGAGCUUUUAUCAUGUCUUCUUCUGCCGCCUCCUGUUCAUCGUCCGCUCUAUUAGGCCGCAAAACCCAUCUAUUACCACCCACUUAUCAUCAUGGUUCCAAGGUGUUCGAUCGAUUAUUUUCCAGGACCCGUGUUUCCUUCCCCACCCGUUCUGCCGGCGGUGCUGCCUCAGUUCGCUGCUUCGUUUCUGCCUCAUCUUCGACCAAUUCCGUGGACAGAAUCAAAGUCCAAAACCCUAUUGUUGAAAUGGACGGUGAUGAGAUGGCCAGGAUCAUGUGGAGUAUGAUUAAGGACAAGUUGAUACAUCCUUAUGUGGAGCUGGAUAUCAAGUAUUUUGAUUUAGGGAUACUGAACCGUGAUGCUACUGACGAUAAAGUCACCGUCGAAAGUGCUGAAGCUACUCUUGAGCACAAUGUUGCUGUAAAAUGUGCUACAAUUACACCAGAUGAAACCAGAGUGAAGGAAUUUGGGCUAAAAUCCAUGUGGAAGAGUCCCAAUGGCACGAUCAGAAAUAUUUUGAAUGGUACUGUUUUCCGUGAGCCCAUUAUAUGUCAGAACAUUCCAAGAAUUGUUCCUGGUUGGAAAAAACCAAUUUGCAUUGGUAGGCAUGCAUUUGGUGAUCAAUAUCGUGCCACUGAUACUCUAAUUAAAGGACCAGGGAGGCUGAAGAUGAUUUUUGAGCCUGAAAAUGGGGAUUCCCCAGUUGAACUAGAUGUAUAUGAUUUUAAAGGUCCUGGGGUUGCACUCGCUAUGUAUAAUAUUGACCAGUCUAUUCGAGCAUUUGCUGAAUCAUCAAUGUCCCUUGCAUAUUCAAAGAAAUGGCCUCUUUAUUUGAGUACCAAAAAUACAAUUCUGAAGAAAUAUGAUGGCAGGUUCAAGGACAUCUUUGAGGAGGUUUAUCAAGAAAAUUGGAAGCAGAAGUUUGAGGAACAGUCCAUUUGGUACGAGCAUCGUUUGAUAGAUGACAUGGUGGCGUAUGCAAUAAAAAGUGAUGGUGGUUAUGUGUGGGCAUGCAAAAACUAUGAUGGAGAUGUUCAGAGUGAUUUACUUGCUCAAGGAUUUGGUUCUCUAGGCCUAAUGACCUCUGUUCUGUUAUCUUCUGAUGGUAAGACAUUAGAAGCCGAGGCAGCUCAUGGAACUGUAACUCGUCAUUUCCGUCAGCACCAGAAAGGUCAAGAAACCAGUACAAACAGUAUCGCUUCCAUUUUUGCUUGGACAAGAGGGCUAGGACACCGGGCCAAGCUUGAUGAGAACAAACAGUUACUGGACUUUGUACAGAACCUGGAAGCUGCCUGUAUUGGAACUGUGGAGUCAGGGAAAAUGACCAAGGAUCUUGCAUUAUUAGUACAUGGACCCAAGGUAUCAAGGGAGUUAUAUCUGAACACUGAGGAGUUCAUUGAUGCUGUUGCACAAAAUCUUGAGAGUAGACUCCAAUCUUGUACACCUGUUUGA